AUGUUUCGCCACGAAGCCGCAGAGAAUGCCGUAAAAGCGCUGAACGAAGCUGCGCCGUACUUGUCAUACGCAGCUCGCUUCACCUCUUUCAAAGCCUUCAAGUACGACAAGAGAUUUACAUCAAAGUGUUCCUCUGAUGCGCUAGCACAUGCAGGAUUCUACUCAACAGCCACGCCAACUUCUCCAACAAAUGCAAAAUGUCCUUUUUGUAUGCUCGAGCUCACAUUUGCCGAGAAUGACGAUCCAUGGGAGAAACAUAGAACACAAAAGCCAGAUUGUGAAUUCGUCAUUCUAGGACAGCCUGAUGAGACAACCUUGACACUUCAAACUAUAUCCAGUCUAGCGAUUCGCUGCGCAACUGUCGCAGAAUACGAAAAGAUGCUGCCUAUCAUUCACUAUUUGGAAGAAGCUGACCAUGAAGCCACCCGAAAAUUGAUCAGUCUUCGCAAUAAUUCUCAGUACCUCACCGCGGAUCACCGUUACGCUACAUUCAAAAUUGUUGGUCAACGUGCGAAAGGAGUUAGGGAUCACAUUCUGAAGAAAAUUGCAAAAGCCGGUUGGUGUUCUGCUAUAACAAAUCGCUCGCUCCUGUCCGCGAAGUGCCCGUUUUGUCUUCUUACAAUUGACUUCGGAACAACGGAUGAUUUCUGGGAAGAACACAAGAACUCGAGUGCUAACUGUGAUUUCGUAAAACUCAACAAACUCAACGAAAAAGAUUGGACUACUGAAGAAGCUCUGAUGUUGGCAGUUAAAAUUUCAGUUGUGAAGAAGUUUGAAAAACAACGUAAAAUCCUUGAGCAACUAGAAAAUGACAAAGAAGCUGAUCAAUUGGCAAACCAGCUGAGCAAAAUGAUGGCAAGACCAAAGUGCCUCAGACGCCGAUGCAGUGUUUGA